ACACGUGGCCCUGCUCCAGUGAGAGGGGUUGGAGAUCAGCAGAUCUUCAGCUGUGAUCACAGCAUAGUGAUCUGCCCACUGCCACACUUACAAGACUGUAACACAGAGUCACAUCCAUCAGGGAUUUGCACUUUUCUUCAUAUGGUCUGCUUCCAUCACACGGAGAUUGAAGCAUCUCUUAAAGCAGGUGGCUCCACGGAGGUUUACUGCACCACCUACACCGGCUGUUAGGACGUCAUGACAGCCGAGAAGUCGAUCCCUAUUAUAAAUGGAAAAGCGGACGACACGAUGGACCCGGAGACGUUAAACCCGAGCGCGGUGCGCAAGAAGGACAAGAAGAUUGUGAAUGAAAGAGGGCAGUGGAAUAAUAAGCUUGAGUUUAUACUGUCAGUGGCUGGAGAGAUUAUUGGCCUUGGCAAUGUAUGGAGGUUCCCAUAUCUGUGUUACAAGAACGGUGGAGGUGCUUUCUUUGUACCUUAUGUCAUUUUCUUCGUCUGCUGUGGCAUCCCAGUCUUUUUCCUGGAAACAGCUUUGGGUCAGUUCACUAGUGAAGGGGGCAUCACAUGUUGGCGAAAAGUCUGCCCACUCUUUGAAGGCAUUGGCUAUGCGACCCAAGUCAUUGAAGCCCAUCUUAAUAUUUAUUACGUGGUCAUAUUGGCCUGGGCUAUUUUCUACCUGUUCAACUGCUUCACGACAGAACUGCCCUGGGCAUCGUGUGGUCACUACUGGAACACAGAAAACUGUGUGGACUAUAACAAUGAAAGUAUUGCCAACCUUAGCAACCCAUAUGCCACAUCACCUGUCAUAGAGUUUUGGGAGCGACGUGUCCUCCGCAUAUCCUCUGGAAUCGAAGAAGUCGGCAGCCUUCGCUGGGAACUCGCGCUCUGUCUUGCGAUAGCCUGGAUCAUAUGUUAUUUCUGCAUUUGGAAAGGUCCCAAAUCAACAGGAAAGGUGGUGUAUGUCACUGCAACCUUUCCAUAUUUCAUGCUAUUGAUUCUUCUUAUUCGAGGAAUAACACUGCCAGGAGCUGCUAAUGGAAUUAAGUUCUACCUGUAUCCUGAUAUGUCACGUCUGUCGGACCCUCAGGUAUGGGUGGAUGCUGGAACUCAAAUAUUCUUCUCGUAUGCCAUAUGUUUGGGUUGCCUGACUGCUCUUGGCAGCUACAACAGCUAUAAUAACAACUGCUACAAGGACUGCAUCAUGUUGUGCUGUCUGAACAGUGGCACGAGUUUUGUGGCAGGAUUUGCCAUCUUCUCUGUGCUGGGAUUUAUGGCAUAUGAACAGAAUGUGCCAAUAGAGGCGGUGGCAGAGUCAGGUCCUGGUCUAGCAUUCAUAGCAUAUCCUAAAGCUGUGACCAUGAUGCCAUGGGCUCCACUCUGGGCCUGUCUCUUCUUUUUAAUGCUCAUCUUCCUUGGUUUGGACAGUCAGUUCGUAUGUGUGGAAAGUCUUGUGACGGCAAUCGUGGACAUGUAUCCUAAAACCUUCCGUGUGGGCUAUCGGAGAGAAAUGCUUAUUCUGGGCAUGUCGGUGGUCUCCUUCUUACUAGGUCUGAUAAUGUUAACAGAGGGUGGCAUGUAUGUCUUCCAGCUCUUUGACGCAUAUGCAGCCAGUGGCAUGUGUCUGUUAUUUGUGGCCAUCUUUGAGUCCAUCUGUAUCGGCUGGAUCUAUGGUAGCGACAGGUUUUAUUUGAACAUUGAAGACAUGAUUGGAUUCAAGCCCAUCUUCUUCAUCAAAUGGUGCUGGAAGUUUUUCACUCCUGGCAUCUGCACUGGGAUCUUUCUGUUCUUCUUGAUCAAAUACAAGCCUCUGAAGUAUAAUAAUGUGUACACAUAUCCAGACUGGGGUUAUGGCAUCGGAUGGAUGAUGGCUUUGUCCUCAAUGGUGUGCAUCCCUGUGGGAAUCUUAUAUCAGAUCUGGAAAACGAAGGGAACCUUCCGUGAGAGAAUCAAAAAGCUGACCACGCCCAGCCCCGACCUGAAAAUGAGGGGCCGUCUCGGGUCCAGGGGUCCAUGUGCUAUCAAUGACGCUGAUGCCAAAAUGAGAGCGGAUGGCAAGAUCUCUACCAUCACAGAGAAGGAGACACAUUUCUAAACCCAAGACACGGACAUCACCGACACAAGACACCGAAAAAUGAUGUUUGCCUUUAUUUUUAAAAAGAGAGAAACCUAUUAUCAAAUUUGUAGUCUUGGUUGUUUUGCACAAACAGGUAACACAUCACACUUUAAUGUCAUGAUUGUAUGGGUAUCUAAAUCUAGAUGAGAAUGUCUUUACAUCGUGUCUCUCUUUGUCACGUUAGUCAAUUCUGUACCUCUAGAAAGAUGCCAAGGUAUAACUGGCUGUGAAAUGGUUUUGCGCAUUGACUCUUGGCCCUGUGCGGAUUACUGUAGUGUACUUUUCUAAUGGGUAGAAGAUGUUUUGAGGACCACUCCAAAUGUUGGCUGUAUGUUUGUAGAAGAGGCUCAGUGUGUUGUCGAAUAAGCUGUAAAUCUCCGUCUAGCAGCGUCUUACGCGCCUCGAAUUCUGGCCCAUUUCACACCUAUUAAAAUGAGUUUAAUUGAAGCUGACAGACCAAACACAGAUUUCAGAGUAGUGGUCCAGAGAGUGGACAGUACAUGAACUUUCACAGUAUCACUGUGAUGUUUUUGUGAUGUUUAAGGGCAGUCUGAUGGUUGAAGAAAUGCAGAUGAAGAUUUGGUUUGUAUGUUGGGAAAACAUCAAAUGGAAAGUUCAUCCAAGGAUGAAAAUUCUGUAAUUUUCUAGUUUUAGUUUUUGGAUCUGUUAAGUUCCAAAGUAAAACACAAUAAAAGUUUUUAUAAAAAUUUAUUACAACAAUCUGCAGUUGUUUUUAUGUUAAUUCAGGAACAGACUGAUCAAUGCUGUGGACCAAAUUAUCAAUGAAUUCAAAUAAAACAAAGUUUGCAUUUUACCCAAGUGUAAAUCAUUUUCAUUUCUAAACAGAAUUUUCAUUUUUGGGUGAGUAUUAGAUAUGUGCUGUAAUAGAUAUCUGAUGUGGAAAGAUUGAUGCAAUGCAAUGUGUAACAGGACACUAUAUUUUGGCCUAAGAGAAAGUAACAGAAUUAUAAUGGAGCAACCGAAUCUGUAUUUUUGAAAUUUAUUAAGCUGUAAAAAAGUGCUUGACCCUUGAAAUUCAGUAUUCAACACUCAUGCAACUGAAAUCUUUAUUGUAGUGUUACAAUCACAAGCACUGUUGUGUUCAGUGUAGUUUCCUCAGGAUGUAGCGCUGGCCCUUUCGCACAUGUACGCAAUCUUUGGUCUGGUCUGAUCCAUCGUUGCAUCGUCAGUUUGUGCAAAUAAACUUGUUUAUGUUAUAAUAUCCUGUUAACUUUUCAGAUAUAUGUAUAUUUUUACAAUAUCUUUAGUUUUUUUUGUGUGUGUACUCUUUCUUGAUGAAAAACAUUGUUUCUCUGAGGACUUUUGAUAAGUCAUUCAACAAUAAAAAAAAGUUCCAGCCGUAUAAUGGAUUUGUAAUAUUGCUGUAUACACAGAUUUUGGUAUUCACAGAACAUAAGAAUUGUCUGCUUACUCAUUUUUAAAAAUAAAAGGUAAAAAGAAA